CAGGAUUUGUGUACACGGAUCAAGCAAAAGUCUUGUCGAACGCUUUGAUCCAGUUGUCAAAGAUCUAUACCAACGAUGUCAAAUAUUCGGGAUCUGACGACAUAUUUGAUUGGAAGUUCAAAAUCUUUCAAGAUUAUUGUCAACGUGUGGCACUUCCUAGAAGCGAAUACGCGUCUCGAAUUGCUUUUCCAACAAUGCUCAAGGACGAAGCAUUGUCAUAUUAUUAUCUCAACAAGGACCGUUGGGAAACCGAGAGCGUUGAUCCUCCCAAGGCAAUAAAGAAGUAUUUUGAAGGACCAGAACGCGAACGUUUGAAGCAAGAAGAAUGGUCUCGCUUGACUUUGCAGAAAGUUAUUGAUGAUCCAAAGAACUUGGAUAAAUCUCUGCGUGAAUGUCUUGAGAUCAUGCUCAAUGAACUUCAAAAGUUGUUCUAUUGCUUGCCAGAGAUCAUGCGUAAUGACAUCUAUUAUCAACACAAGUUGGUUAAAGCAACUAGAACGCAUCCUUCAUGUGACUGGGCGACAGCUCAACCUCCGUCAACGUUGACCGGUUUAAUACAGAGCCUUCGUACUAAUGUUGGUCAAUAUCAGGAUAGGAAGCAAGUUGUUGCGCAGAAUCGUACCGAAUCGAAGCCUGUCGACACCUACUACACGGACCGUCGUUAUCACAAAUUUCGUUCAAAAUCCCCGUACCGUAACCGACGCACACGCAAAUUCCGAGAUCCUCGUCGAAACAAGCGAUGCUAUGUCUGCAACAAGAUAGGUUGCUACUCAACAAAGCACACGCAGGAAGAACGCGAUGAAGCUAAGAAGCGAUAUCUCAACCGUGUAGACCAAUACCUCGCGGAUUAUGAAGGCGCUAACGAUGAGGAUUCAGAGACGCAGAUCGACAUUGAUACACCAACUCACGAACCACCACGGCGCCGCAACUGGGCAGCGACAGAUAUCAAAGUGCUACAGGAAUCGCUUAGCCAACUCAUCGCACCAAGGCUUGUAAACGCAUCAAAAUCUUAUAUUGAACUUUCAACAGUGGCCUUUACAGCGGCUAUUCGCAAAGCGGUUGAUCAAUCAGUUCCAUGGGCUCGUCCGAGCGCGUGGAGCAAUCCAGAUUUUACACCUGAAUGCAAAGAGGCUGUACGAACCUGCCGCCAGCUACGACGUCAAUUCUCAAACACCCACAAUCCGUGGAUCUGGAGGGCUUACCUACGAGCCCGCAACAAGAAGAAACGCCUAGUCAAGAAAUCCUUACGACUAGGCCAUCGACGUCGCGUACAGCAGGCGACAGAGCAAGGCCCCUUAGGCCUCUGGAAAUUGGCAAAGUGGGCACGCUCGCGUAAUGGAGCGUAUGAAUCAGGAAUCACCCCAACCCUACAAGACUUGGAUGGCUAUAUAGCGGAAACAGUGGAAGCAAAAACGCAGCUUCUUAGGGAAGCGUUCUUCCCAGCUAUCCCAAAUGCAGAUCUAUCAGACAUCACAGACAGCCAAUAUCCGUCACAAAUCGAAUUCCCGGAGAUCCCACGCCACGAGAUCGAGUAUGUUAUCCGUUCAACGCCACCAGAUAAAGCGCCGGGUGAGGAUGGCAUUCCAAACAGCUUCUAG